AAUAUUGCUGGUUUUACUUCCACGAGCAUCAACUUCGUUUAAAUAUUCAGGUCCCACAGCUUUAAAAAAAAACCCUCUUUCAUUUAGAUUUUACCUUGGGCGGACAUAGUAUAGUGAAAUCGGAUUCUAAGGGAGGGCAAAGAAAGGGCAGAGGGCUUCAGUAUCUACUACCGAGCAUGCUCAGUAGCAUUUGGCAGCAGAACUUGACGGACAGCUGGUUGUGUUGCCAAGCCGAGAGAGGCGCUUAGCAAAACAAACAAAACACAAAACGACAAGCCCUGUUCCUUGCGCUUCGUUCGCCUCGUCGCUGGUGAAGCGUCCACGCCUGCACGGGGAAGGCGCCUGGAGGAGAGCGGCCAGUGGACGCAGCAGACGUAUUUCUGUAAUCCUACUCACAUCUACUCAGAACAAACAUGGGGAAAUCUCUUUCAAUGCCUUUACAUGCACCUAAAGAAGAUGGGGUUUCGUCAUCGGACAGCAUGAGAAAGGGAUUAGUUUACUCAGAAUCUCACAGUGAAGACGGAAGAACUGGAGAUGUUUCACAGUUUCCAUAUGUUGAAUUUACAGGAAGAGAUAGCGUCACAUGUCCCACUUGCCAGGGAACAGGGAGGAUUCCACGUGGUCAGGAAAAUCAGCUUGUCGCCCUAAUUCCAUACAGUGAUCAGAGACUGAGGCCAAGAAGAACAAAACUUUAUGUGACUGCUUCUGUAAUUGUAUGCUUACUACUUUCUGGGCUGGCUGUAUUUUUCUUAUUUCCUCGAUCAAUUGAUGUUGAAUACAUUGGAGUCAAGUCAGUAUACGUCAGUUAUGAAGCACAGAGGCGCAUAAUAUAUUUAAAUAUUACGAAUACCUUGAACAUCACAAAUAACAAUUAUUAUUCUGUUGAAGUUGAAAACAUUACAGCCCAGGUGCAAUUUUCAAAGACUGUUAUUGGGAAGGCACGGUUGAACAAUAAUACCCACAUUGGCCCACUAGACAUGAAACAGAUUGAUUAUAUGGUGCCCACUGUUAUACAGGAUGAAAUGAGUUACAUGUUUGAUUUUUGUACCCUACUCUCUAUUAAAGUGCACAACAUAGUAGUCAUGAUGCAAGUGACUGUGACCACCUCUUACUUUGGCCACUCUGAACAAAUAUCUCAGGAGCGAUACCAGUACGUAGACUGUGGUGGAAACACAACUUACCAGUUGGGGCAGUCAGAGUAUCUAAACGUACUUCAGCCGCCUCAGUAAAAGAAGCAGAGUUCUGGCUGUAUGAGGAAAGAAGAUGACUGUUGAUUCUUUCACUACUCAUCAAAGUUGAACUUUCCAUCAUAUCUGGUACUACUUAAAGAGAUGGAUGUAUAUAAUUUAGCAGUCCUGAAGGCUUCUGUACUUUGAGGCAUGAACAGCAAAAGGGCAAACUGUAUAUUUUCACAUUUGAUAACUUCUUCCUUUCCACUCUAAAUUUGUAAGUAUUCUGUCAUACUAAUUCAGUUUGGGGGUGGAGUGGGCCUGGGGCUCUUAAAUCAGUGGACUUGCAUUUUCCCUAAAUGGAAACAUGGGUACACAACUCAUAAAAGUCAGCAUGCAAUCAUAUAAUUCUAUAAAUUAUGUUGUGCCACUAACAAGUAUGUAUUAGAGACUAAACUAAAAUUACACUGGUAGUUUCAGUUAGGUUAAUUUUCUUUAAAUUAAGGCCUAAACUGUUGUAUUGAAACAAGUUUGGACAUAGUAUGCAUUAGAGGGAUACACAUUUGCAUUAAUAACAGUAUGGCAGAUUUUACUGUAUUAGAAUUUUGUUCUUAGAAAAUUCCAUUGUUACUGCUUUUUCCCCCACAAAUGGAUAAUUGGCUUGAAAACUUUGGGUAUAUUGAAAAUAUGAAUACCAUUAGAUUGAUGCAUAUUUGCAGAGCAAUAGGUACAAAAUGAAGACUAAAAUAUAAUGCAUAAAAACUUUUUAAAAAAACGAAGCCCAGCCCAAAACAAUACAUGUUCUUCAAAGCUUCACUCUGUGAAAACCUGAAACGUGUUUUUAUGGUUUUUGUAUUUUCCAUAUUAGUUUUAACAAUAUACAGAGGUCAAUAUGCUUCUCUCAAUAUAUAGAGGUCAACAUGCUUCUCUCAGGUUCAAGCUCACUUCAUUGUCAUUUGGAUACUAUUUCAACUGUAGACCUUUGGCAGCGUGAAGUGAAUGUAAAAUAUACCAGUCAAAACUCAGAUCUUCUUGCAAAAAUCAACCAUGUUUUCGCUUAAUCAGAGUGCUUGUUUUCUCUCAAACAGCUCAUGUCUACUGUAUAAUGAUGUUUGAUUCUACCUUCUUACUAAUCUGAACAGAGAAGUUACUGAAAGAAUGAUGUGGUGCUAGUAUUGUUUGGUUCCAUUAUGUCUUCCCAUGGUCUGGUCAUCUUGCAACAGAAACUAUAGCUGUGGCAUGUGGUUACUUCCUGUGCCUGCAAGAGGCACAGUGGUAGGCCAUCAGUCACGUGCCAAUGAUUGCUUCCAUUCUAAGGCUACUAGAGUAGCAUUGGAAGGAGCUAUGACACAGUAGCUCCCAUAUCAUUCUGAUUAUGUGUGGAUAGGGCCUGUUGCAUGCAGCUUGAGCAGCUGGUAAAAGGCACUUAUAUUUUGUAAUUGUUUUGUUGCAAUGGAUUUAACAUUCUGAACUCGCCAUUUUUUCAUUUGUACUGGCUCUGUUUUGCCACAUAAGGAAUACUAUAGUUCGGCCAUAGUAGUGGGCCCUCUUAAUAAAAUAUAAAAUAUAAUGUAACCUAAGUAAAGCUAAGCCGCAUGGUUUCUGUUGAACAGAUUUAAGGAUCUGCAUAAUAUUCCCAUGGAGAUCAAUGGAUUUCACAGUGCUUAAUACUGGGCUAGAUCAAGCCCAGUUUUGCCUACAGGUAUGUUUUUAAUUUACAGAUGUAUAUAGCCCUUGAGACUACAGAAUUUGAUCAGUCACACAUAAAUUCUUAUAGAUUUCUUUCUAAUGGUAAUGCUGACAAUGCACUUUGCUUGUGAACAGUAAUUGGUAUGAGCUUUGAUGUUGGAAAGAAGUCUAUUUGGGAUUCUGAUUGUUGGGGUUUCUUUGGUAUGGGGGGAAGUACGCUAUCACAAAUUGGCAUACUCUCUAUGUAUAGAUAUGUUAGGAUUUUGUUUAACAUUUUUGGAAUUAAUUUAGCCAACAUUACUGGAGAAAUCUCUCAUUAUAGCAUUGUUUUACGUGCUUGCUGCCCUCACUAGAGCCUCUAUGAAUAGCCUUAUUGAAAUAAUGAGGCCACUCUGUAAAUGGUCUAUAGUUGACAUUCUGAGCGAGGCUUUAAAAACCAAUCUUUAUUUGGUAUACAAACACAUAUUACAACUCUGAAGCAUUAUUAUUUUCUUAAAACAUCUGAAGUUUUUGAUCAACAUACAAAAUAAGCUAUACAAUAAAUAUAAGCUGAUAGGGAUUUUAAACCCUGUAAAAUCUCUUUUCUGAUGUAUUAUAAUAGUUAUAGGCUUAAGAUACUUGAGAAUAAAUGCUUGAGCAGUUGACUCCUCUUCUGUAAUUAUUUAUUUAAUGCAUUUAUAUAGCACCUUUCUGCCAAGGCAGCAAACCCUGUUGAACUCUGUAUGGUACAAUAAACUAGUAGAGAAUACUUGUUUUUCAACACAUUGGGCUCUUGAAUUCUCUUUACCACCAUCACUACUAUUAUGAGACUACUGCUAGUAGCAACAUUUGCAAAUGACAUCAGUAGAAAGUGUUAAGACACAGGCAGAGGCUGGCACAUACAAUUUUUCUAUAUAUUUAAUUGGCUUAGUGUUUGUUUUGCUGAGCCUUUUAAGGGAAAUCCUGGAUUAAAAAAUUAUUUUAAACCUCAUAAAUGAGUUGUUAAGGGUUUGACAGUUUUAGGAGAAAAAUGUGAGGGUUUGGUAUUGCAGAUGGCAGUGGAUAUGAAACAAAUGAUCAGUCCAUGGGAUGAAUUUAAUGGACCAGAGUCCUGCAGAAGCAUGGAGGACCUACUGUAAACUUGGUUAACUAAAGGUUAUCUGUGCAGAAAAUAUUUUGUAAAUGUCUCGUUACUUCUCAGUUCAAUCUGAAUUUUCUGUAAGAUUACCCCCCAGUAUAUGCCGGGUACUCAUUUUACCGACCACGGAUGGAUGGAAGGCUGAGUGGACCUCGACCCCUUUUACCGGAGAUUCGACUUCCUCCUUCCGUUGGAAUCGAACUCUGGCCCUAAGCAGAGCUUCGGCUGCGUUACCGCCGCUUACCACUCUGCGCCACGGAGGACUAUACUGUGGUGAUAUUUAAAAUGUGCUGGAGAUAGAUAAAAGAUAGUGCAAGUAGUAUAAGUUAAGUGCCAAGUUAAUACAUGCUGAAUUAAUUUGGAUCCAGUUAUGGUGUGAUCAAAAUACAAUUAAUGUUUUAUACCCCUUCAAGAUGUACACCCAUCAACCAGAUACGUAUUAUUUGGUGAAAUGUAAUUUUCAGCACUGCUCUUGGAUUCCAUCUCACUUGUAAUAUAAAACUGGGCUUUUUAAAUAUAUUUUUGAGAGUUUAAAUGCUUUUCGUUUGUAUGUGCUGUACACACAUGGCUGUCCUUUUUGUAAUUAAUUGUAGCUUGGUAGUGUCUUAAUUUGAGUACAUAUGCUUUGCAGUUCAUAUUUCACCAAUGAAAGAGAACUUUUGGCAUAGUCUGUAAAGUCUAUACACCUCUCACAAUGAUCUGGUUGAGAUGUAACAUUUGAAAUAUGAAUUAGUGUAUGAGAGAGCUGCUGUGAGUUUCUGGUUUGUUUGACCUAACCACACUUAGAAUAAACCACAUUUCUAAAUUUGGAUGUAACAGAAAACUGCAAUUUACUCAAAACUAAAAGUGGAUGCUUCCAGUAUUUUCUCCUUGCAUGUAGGGGAGUAGUGAGCAGAGACUUGCCUCAGCUCAUUCUCAUGAUGCUAAACCGUUGUUUACUCUUGUGUCUGAACUGGGCCAUUAUUGCACUUUUCUGCUCUGAAUCUUUGGGCGAAAGGAGAGUUGAUAAGUAACUGAAGCAGAGUUUUUAGAAUAAAAUAGCAAAGGUGUUUAUGAAAAUGAUAUAAAACUAAUGUUUUUGUGCAGACAGAAUAAAAAUAGCAUUAUUCACUGCUGUCCGUCACAUGUCUUGAAUGCCUUGUUUCUGGGAAUUGUGAUCUCUGUGUAGGUAUAAAACAUUGUUGCCGCAAAUGGAAAAGCCCUCAUUUUGAAUAUGGAGUGCAGUUGUACUUAAAGAAAGUGAAUGCCAGCAAAAACACUACCAGCUUUAAUUUGAGAUUAAAUGUGCUAUAAGCAAGGCCUGUCUACUAGCUACAUGUUAAUAUUACUGAAAUUGUGCUUGUCAUUUUAGCCCAGUGUAGGGUGGAUUGUGGCACAUCUGUACCUGUACUGCCAUGUUCUUAGCUGGUAAAGGUAGGGCAGGCCCUACAAUUUUACUGAUUUCUACUGGUUUCUACAUUAAAAAACAUAAAAGUAAUUUCAUGACCUACUUACUGUUUUUUUUUAAAAAAAAUCCAUUAAUUAACUACAACUACUAGUGCUCAUUAUAUAAAAUGCAUUUAAUUUAUGUAUAGAAAUGCUAAAAGGUUAUAA